AUGGUGUCUUCUACACUAGGUUCAUUGAUCAUUACCGGUGAGAACCGCCUAGCUAAAGCAGCAUCUUUUUCAACGUAUUUACGGUACUCGUCGGUUGUGGUUGCCCCACACAUGGCUAAUUUUCCUCUUGCCAAAGCAGGUUUCAAAAGGUUUGAUGCAUCAAUUGACCCUUCUGCUUUUCCUAAUCCCAUAAGCAAGUGGAACUCAUCAACAAAUAAAAUGACCUUUCCUGCCUUUUCAUCCACUUCUUUCAAAAUCUCCUUUAAUUUACCUUCAAAAUCACCUCGGAACUUCGACCCUGAGAUUAACCCUGCUAAAUCAAUAGUAAUAAUUUGUUUGUCUUUCAUGGAAUCUGGUACUUCACCUUUGACGAUUCGUUGGGCAAGUCCCUCCAUCACGGCUGUCUUACCAGUCCCGGCAUUCCCAAUAAGUACGGGGUUGUUCUUGACUGAAGAAUCGUGCUGGUUGUAA